AUGGCAAACAGGCCCACUUCCAAAAGAUCGCCGUCGAUCUUGGUCACAGACUCCAGAAAUGCCCAUAAUAAAAGUGCACCUUUUGCUGGAGCUGCGCAUAACAACAAUGGCUCAAGUUCAUUAAGCAGGUCAACCAAAUUGAAAAAGAGAAAUAGUGGUAAAUUCAGUGAUAUUUCAGUUUCAAAUUUGUUAGGUGAUGCUAGUGAUGUACCUUCUGGUCGUAGGGAAGAAAGAUUAUCCACUGGCUCUUUAACUUUGGGGGACUCAUUACGGGAUCAAAGAAGAAGACUUUAUACAAAACCUUUCCAACCAUUACCUUCUAGAACUUCUAAAACAUCACAAAAAUUGGUGUUAAUCCCAGAUGAAGAUGAUGAACGUUCUUCUGACCCAAGUGCCUUCAAAGUUCCAAAUGCUUCAAGAUCAAAAGCUGAAAAAAUGUCAAAAGAGAAAAGAGCUAAGAAAUUAUCAAGAGUAACUGCAUAUUUAGUUUCUGAUGGGUUUAAUUUGGAUAAAACUGCAUCAUUUUUAAGUGAUAAACAUGAUAUAUAUCCAAGAUUAUAUGAUGAAGUGCUUUAUUGUCCAUACUGUCUACCUUUGCUACCCGGAAGAGAAGGUUUCAGAAUAAGGUCAAAUAAAACUGGUAAAAAUACAAGUGGUGUUGCAUAUAUGGAAAGAUUAAUCGAUUCAUCUGAAAGACGUGAUCAUCAUUAUGAAUAUUAUAGUGGUGUGGAAACCCCAGAAGAUAUGAAUAAUAAUUAUGAAAUUGAUAAACCUGAAACUGAAGAAGCUAAUUAUGGUCCUUUUGAUCCAAGUGAACCUCAAUUUUUCGCUGAAAAUGUGCAUGAAGACACUGCUGCAGCAAAUGCUAAACAACAAGAAAUGAUCAAACAUCAUGCUGAAAUGUUUAUAUUUAAUUAUGGUGUUGUGGUAUUUUGGAAUUUCACAGAGAUUCAAGAAAAGAACAUCCUUGGUGAUAUAUCAUUUGCUAGAAAUGAAUCAGAUACAAAGCAAUUAGUUAUAAGACCAAUCGAUGAACAUGAUAUUGAAAAAGAACAAUUUCAUUUUGAAUAUGAUACUGAGACUGAAAGACCAAGAAUUUAUAAUGAUAUGAUUACAUUAAGAUCUGGUGAUCAUUUAAUUAAAUUGACAAUGUCUCAUGCAAUUGCUCAAUCUACAAAAUUAUGUCGAUUCGAAUCAAGAAUCACACCAAUUUUAUAUUCAGUCUCUAAAUUACCUAAGAGAUUAGCACUCACAGGGAAAUUAGGUUUAAAACGUGAACAUUUAAUUAAAAAAUCUGGUAAAUUGUUUAAAUUAAGAGUUGAUGUUAAUCUUUCAUCAAAUGUUUUAGAUACUCCUGAAUUUUUCUGGACUUUUGAACCAAGUUUACAUCCAUUAUAUAAUGCUGUUAAAGAAUAUUUAGAAAUUGAUCAAAGAGUUGAAGUUCUUAAUGAUCGUUGUAAAGUGUUUUUGGAAUUUAUUGAUAUUGUUGCAGAUUCAGUUGCAGAAAAAAAUAUGACAAGAAUAACUUAUAUGAUUAUAACAAUUUUCUUUUUGUCUGUUAUUGUUUCAUUUUUUGAAAUUUUUGUUAGAUAUAUGAUUAUUAAUCGUAAUAAGCAUCAUGUUCCAGAUCUUCCAUAA